AUGGCGUCCGUGCAGAGCGUUUGCAUGAGCGGGGAAGGAGAGACGAGCUACGCCAAGAACUCCGCUAUUCAGAGCAGAGUGAGGCCUCUGGUCGAGGAGGCCAUCUCGGACCUGUGUGGAUCAGCGGCCGUGCCGGGCUGCCUCCGGGUAGCAGACCUGGCGCUGGCGUCGGCCGCCGUUGGCGCCGUGCGGCGCCAACCGCACUGGGCGGAGCGGUGCCGGGAGAUCUGCGUGUACCUCAACGAUCUCCCGGAGAACGACUUCAACACCGUGUUCAAGGACGUGCCGUCGUUCCUGCGGGGGCACGGGGGAGUGGACAAGGACAACAGCGGCCCGCUCGUCAUGGUGUUCGGUGCCCCGGGGUCGUUCUACGGCCGGCUCUUCCCCGCCAAGACGCUGCACUUGGUUCCGCAAGAACUGGUGGACGGAGUGCUGAUAAACAAGGGCAGCGUGUCGGCCGGGAGAACGAGCACGCCGGCCGUCACCGCAGCCUACGCCCGGCAAUUUGAGCAGGAUUUCAAGCGCUUUCUGGCGUCACGGGCCGAAGAAAUGGUGCCCGGCGGAUGGAUGGUGCUCUCCCUCUACGGUAGACCUGCAAAGCAUUUCUCCAGUCAAGACCGGUACCCGGAGUUCAUCGCCGAGAUCCUACAAGACUUGGCAUCCCAGGGGGUGAUCGAAGCGGCGGAGGUGGACUCGUUCAACGAGCCGUUCUACAGCCCCUGCCUCGAGGAGCUCCGCGGCGCCGUGGAGCAGGAGGAGCCACGAUUUCCUGGAGAGAGGGCCCCGGGGCGACGCCGAGAGGAGCAAGGCUAUGGCGAGGUUCCUGCGCGUGCUGGACGAGUGGCUGCUCGUCCGGCACUUCCGGGUCGACGGCAUCGGUGA